AUGUUCUUCGAAAGUUCCUUAGAGUCGACGACGACGCCGGGCAACUUUUUGGGCAAUCUGCACGGAUUGCUGCGGCUGUCGAUAGACUACUGCAAGAUCAAGUACAUACCGGCGCACGCGUUCGCAAACAUGAAGGUCCUGCGGAGUCUCACGCUCAGCACGCACAACGUCGACUGGUCGGUGAUGAAUCUCGAGCUGCAUCCGGACAGCUUUCGGGGUUUGUCCGAGCUGAAGGAGAUGCACCUGGCGGACAAUAACAUUUGGAGUCUGCCGGGGGAGGUGUUUUGUCCGUUGCAGAAACUGCGCGUACUCAACCUCACCGGCAACCGGUUGAGCGAUCUGACGCAGUUGAUGCUGUCCGACUGGGGCAAUGGACCGACCGAACCGGGGCGCGCUUGCAAUACCGGUCUGGAGGUGCUGGAUCUUUCCGGUAACGACCUGACGCUGUUACCGGACAAUGGUCUGACUGCGAUGCGUUCGCUAAACGCACUUCAUCUGCAACGUAACCUGCUGAAGGAGAUCGCCGAUCGGGCGUUCGUUGGUCUCGGUACGCUCGAGAUACUCGAUCUGUCCGAUAACAAGCUGACCGCACUGACACCCGAACUGUUCGUAUCGUCGCGCAAGAUACGCCAAGUGUAUCUGCAGAACAAUUCACUCUCGGUGCUAGCGCCCGGUGUUUUUGAGGGUUUGGAUCGGCUGGAAACGCUCGAUCUUUCCCGCAACCAGCUGACAUCGACGUGGGUCAAGCGAGACACAUUCGCCGGACAGGUGCGGUUGGUUGUGCUGAACCUCGGUCACAACCAACUGUCCAAGGUGGAUCAGCAUGUGUUCAAGGGGCUGUACAGCUUGCAGAUCCUGAACCUCGAACACAACGCCAUCGAGUUGCUGGCCGAUGGAGCUUUUAGUGAUUUGAAGAAUUUGCACGCCCUUUUCCUAUCGCACAACCGGUUACGGCAGAUCGAGCCGUACCACUUCAGUGAGCUGUACGUGCUGAAUCAGCUGAUUCUGGAGUCGAAUCAGAUCGCUUAUAUCCACGAGCGAGCAUUUGAAAAUCUAACGCAUCUGCACGAUUUGAGCCUUAACGACAAUCGGCUGGAGGAGAUACCGUCCGGUAUGAAGAGUCUUAAGUUCCUGCAAUCGCUCGAUCUUGGCAAGAACCAGAUUGCCGAGAUUAACAACUCGUCGUUCGAGGGUUUGGAGGAGCUGAUGGGAUUGCGGUUGGUGGACAACCAGAUUUCGGAAAUUUCGCGCGAUACCUUCUUCGCACUGUCAACGAUCCACGUGCUCAACCUAGCGUCGAACCGCAUCCGUCAUAUUGAUCAGUCAGCGUUCAGUUCCAACCCGACGCUUCGUGCCAUCCGGUUGGACAACAACGAGCUGGAAGAUGUGUCCGGCGUGUUUACCUCGCUUUCGUCGCUUGUAUAUCUGAACAUUUCGGACAACAACAUCGGGUGGUUCGAUUACUCACACUAUCCGCAGUCGCUCGAGUGGCUUGAUAUACACAAAAACAACAUCACCGAGCUGGGGAAUCGGUACGAUGUUGGGAACUGGUUCUUGCUCAAAAUGCUCGAUGUGUCGCACAAUAAGCUGCGGCAGAUUAAUGCCAGUUCGUUCCCACGCAACAUUGAGACGAUCCUGAUGAACAACAACCUGAUCGAGGAGAUCGCACCGGAAACGUUCACCGGGAAGGAGAGCAUCGUGAAGGUGGUGCUGUAUGGCAAUCGGUUGCGACGGAUCGAGAUGAGCGCGCUGCAACUCACUCCCUGGCCAGAUACUCGCGUCCUACCGGAGUUCUAUCUGGGCGAUAAUCUUAUCCACUGCGAUUGCACGAUGGAGUGGUUGCAGCGUAUCAACGAGCUCGCCUAUCUGCGUCAGUAUCCGCAGGUGAAGGAUCUCGAUUCGGUGCACUGUUCGAUGGAGCACGGUAGGGGCGAGCAGCGGAGACCGCUGAUGACGAUGCGUGCGAGUGAAUUCUUGUGCCGUUAUGAGGGACACUGCUUCGCCACCUGCCACUGCUGCGAUUUUGAUGCAUGUGAUUGCAAAAUGACGUGUCCGGAUCGGUGUCGGUGUUAUCACGACACGGCUUGGGAGUCGAACAUUGUCGAUUGCGGAUCAGCCGGAUUGUCGCUUGUACCGGCGAAGAUACCGAUGGACGCGACUGAUAUCUACCUUGAUGGGAACAAUCUCGGUGCGCUUGGUAGUCAUGUGUUUAUUGGCAAGAAGAAGCUGAAAUCGUUGUACCUCAACGGUAGCCGUAUUGAGUCGUUGAACAACAAGACCUUUGCGGGUAUUCCAGCGCUGGAAGUGUUACAUCUCGAGCAAAAUGGGCUGGAGCUACUGAGUGGUGCAGAGUUUGAGCAGUUGCGCGAGUUGCGGGAGCUGUAUCUGCAUCGCAACUCCCUCGGUACCAUCGGGAACAGAUCGUUCUACUACCAGAAGUCGCUGGAGGUACUCACCAUUGCGGAUAACAAGCUGACGGGGCUAAGGCCCUGGGAAUUGUUUCCUUUGCCGAGUGGUGGAUCCGAGGGUGCGUAUAGGUCCGUUUCGCUAGAAGGUAACGGACUCGACUGUGCCUGCGAACUGAUGCCCAAACUGCUCGACUGGCUCGAGCGAAUGUUCCGGAGCAAUGGUACGGGUGCAUCGGAAGAGAAUGAAUCGUCGGAGGUGGCGAGCUGGGGUGAGUUCCGCUGUUCCGGCGGCAAGCCGCUGCCAGACGUGAUGAAGGACUGUGAGGGACAGCGGCCGGCCGUGGUCCCCGUUGCGACCGCGACGGUCCAGCGUACCAUCAUCAAUGAGGACUUCAUCGAUUACCUGCCAUUGUUGAUCGCGGUGCUUGCUGGAUUGGUGCUAACGAUCAUGCUAGUCGCACUGGUGGUGCUAUUCCGGCAGGACGUGUGCCUUUGGGCCCAUUCCCGGUACGGUGUGCGGCUCUGCAAGGAUCCGCUCAGUGCGCUGGAGCGCUGUGAGGAUAGCGAGAAGCUGUACGACGGUUAUCUCGUAUAUAGUGCGGCCGAUGCCGACCUGGUCACUAGUCAAAUCGGCCAGGAGCUCGAGCAUCAUGGGUACGGUAUGUGUCUGCACUACCGGGACGUGCACGGUGGUGCCGGUUUCCUCGGUGACACCAUGCAAUCGGCCGCGGAUGCCUCGCGGAAGCUGGUACUGUUUGUGAGUGUUAAGUUCCUGCAGCUGGAGUGGUCACAGCCCGAGUUCCGGGCGGCGCUACAAGCGGUGCUGGAAUUGAUACGCCCAUCGCGGAGAAAGCAACGUCUCGUUCUGAUCACCUCCGUGCCUGGAUCGAUGCUUGCGAUGGAUCCCAUCAUGGACAUCCUGGCACGGACGUGCACGGUGAUAGCGUGGGACGAUCGACGGUUCUGGGACAAGCUGCGUUUCGCCAUGCCCGAUCUUGGCCGGGAUGGCGGAUCGGUGAAUAAAGCAUCCCACCGAAAGAACAUCAACAUUCGCUACACGCCCGCACCCACCAACAACCUGAUGGUGGUGGGCGGGAUUGGUGCAACGGCCCCAACGGCCACCUGGCCGAAACGGCUCAACUCGGAGGUUUCAAUCCAACAGCAGCAGCAGCAGCUUCAACAACAUUCUCACCAUCAACAACCUUAUCCGGUACCUCAGCCGCGAUCCAUUGGUGGGGCACCGCACAGUACUUACACCACGGAGGAUGAGGAACCCUCGACGGCCGGGUCAUCUCCACAGUACGAGGCACCGACCCAUCCCGGAGGUGCAUCAACCGGUGGGAUGUACCAUCAUCACCAUCAGCAUCCGGGUAUUGUACAGUACCAGCAGCAGCAGCAGCAGCAGCAUUCCGGUGGAGGUACACCACUUCCACAAACUAUGCCUCAUAGCCAGCAACAUCACCAUCAUCACCAUCAUCCGCAUGGGCAGUCACUCCAUCAUCACCAUCACCAUCAUCACCCGGGCAGUGCAACCGGACCGCACGCAUACCACACCGGCGGUGGCGCAGGUGGUAACUUCAGUAGCUCCAAUACGCUUGGCCACGUGUACUCCACCAUUCCGGAGCCCCAGUACAUGGCCGAGCAGCAGCAGCAACAGCACCGGACCACGGGUACCGUACCGGACGGUAACAAUCGGCCGUACUUUGUGUAA